AAAAAGACGACGGCGCUCUCGAAGCUGAUGAACGCCUUCUGCCAGCGCCAGGGCAUGUCGCAGCAAGGCGUCCGCUUCCUUUUUGAUGGCGAGCGCCUCAACGGCAACCAGACACCCGCCGAGGCGCGCCGCGCUGCGCCGCUAGAGCUCCCCGCAUCCUCUUCCGCCGCGCCCGCCUCUCGCCCUCCGCGCUCACUCGCCCUCCGCGCCCACUCGCCCUCCGCGACGCCCCAGAUGGACAUGGAGGAUGGCGACGUCAUCGACGUGAUGGUCGAGCAGCUCGGUGGAGCCUGCUGA